AUGUGGCUGCCCAAUAAUAAACAGGAAAAGAAGGAUGGAGCAGGGAAUGCAUUGGUAGCAGUGGCAAUAGACAAAGACAAGAACAGCCAAACUUCACUGAAAUGGGCAAUAGACAAUCUUGCUCAGAAAGGCCAAACUAUUCUUCUCCUCCAUGUCAAGACCAAACCCUCCUCGUUUGCUCAAUCACCUUCUCACACCAAUUCAAGAAGUAAUCCAAAUUGGGAACAUCAUUUGGUCUGCAAAGACCCUGAUCCCCAGACCAGGGAAUUGUUCCUUCCUUUUCGAGUUUUCUGCACACGAAAAAAUAUACAAUGCAAAGAUAUCGUGUUAGAAGACUCGGAUGUAGCAAAAGCAUUGGUCGAAUACAGUACCCAAACUGCCAUAGAGCAUUUGGUUGUUGGUGCAUCAACAAAAAGUGGUUUUCUCAGAUUCAAACAAUCAGAUAUUCCAGGCACUGUAAUGAAAUUGGCACCAGAUUUUUGUAAUGUAUAUGUCAUAAAUAAGGGAAAGCCUCAUUCGUCGAGAGCUGCCACUCGUCAAGCUCCGGCCAUCUCACGGAACCAAGUUCGUAGCCAAACCAACAGCACAAAAUCAGAGCCAUAUAUGAACCCUCCUAACAAUAUGAAAUAUUCAUCAGAAAGGCCACCAGAUAGACCGCGCCAGUCACAUGAUGAUUUAGAAUCCUUCAGGUCACCAUUCACUAGAAAAGGUCCAAAUGGGAAGUCAUAUCCGGAGCUCCCUAUGCCGGACUCUGACAUAUCUUAUGUUAGCUCUGGAAGGCCCAGCAUUGACCGCAUCUUCCCUACAUACUAUGACGCCUUCGAUUCAGGGAAAGCCACCCCGCCACGAAUGUCAAAUAGCACAGAAAUAGACAUGAACCACAGCUUUGAGUCUUUGACCUACCAUGGAAGGAAGUCCCUGGAUAUCACCAGCUCUCCACCUACAUUCUCCUCAAUCUCUCAGGAAAGUGACAGAUUAUCGUCUGCUUCACAGACAAUGGUGGAAGAUGUGGAGGCUGAAAUGAGGAGGCUAAAGCUUGAGCUCAAGCAAACUAUGGAAAUGUAUAGUACCGCAUGUAGAGAGGCACUCACAGCAAAGCAAAAGGCACAUGAACUCCAGCGCUGGAAACUAGAAGAAGAAAGAAGACUGGAAGAGGCACGGUUAGCUGAGGAAGCCGCAAUGGCUAUUGUGGAAAAGGAAAGAGCCAAGUCCAAAGCAGCCAUGGAGGCAGCUGAAGCAGCUAGGAGAAUUGCAGAACUGGAAGCGCAGAAGAGAAUCAAUGCAGAAAUGAAAGCACUCAGAGAGGCAGAAGAGAAGAAAAAGGCACUCAGUGCUUUGCAACAGUCUGAUGUCAGGUAUAGGAAGUAUUCCAUCGAGGAAAUUGAGGCUGCCACAGAGUUCUUUGCAGAUUCUCGCAAGAUUGGUGAAGGAGGCUAUGGUCCUGUAUAUCGGUGUAAUCUAGAUCAUACUCCUGUUGCAAUCAAAGUUCUACGCCCUGAUGCAGCUCAAGGAAGAUCACAGUUCAACCAAGAGGUUGAAGUACUUAGCUGUAUAAGGCAUCCUAAUAUGGUUCUGCUCCUUGGCGCCUGCCCCGAGUAUGGAUGUUUGGUUUACGAGUACAUGGCAAAUGGCAGUUUGGAAGACUGCCUACUGCGAAGAGGAAAUACUCCACCUCUCUCUUGGCAGCUCAGGUUUAAAAUUGCCGCUGAAAUUGGCACAGGCUUGUUGUUUCUCCACCAAGCCAAGCCAGAGCCACUUGUGCACCGUGACUUGAAACCUGCCAAUAUCUUGCUUGACAGGAACUAUGUUAGCAAGAUCAGUGAUGUUGGCUUGGCCAGGCUGGUGCCACCAGAAGUGGCUGACACUGUGACGCAGUAUCGAAUGACAUCAACUGCCGGAACAUUCUGCUACAUUGAUCCUGAGUAUCAGCAGACGGGCAUGCUCGGCGUGAAGUCAGAUGUGUACUCUCUUGGAAUUAUGUUUUUGCAAAUGAUCACGGCCAAGCCAGCAAUGGGACUGACUCAUCAUGUCGAAAGGUCUAUUGAGAAGGGGACUUUCGCUUCAAUGCUGGAUCCAGCCGUUCAAGAUUGGCCUGUUGAAGAAACCUUGAACUUUGCCAAGCUGGCUCUCCAAUGUGCAGAGUUAAGGCGAAAGGACAGACCAGACCUCGGCAACGUGAUCCUGCCAGAACUCAACAGACUGAAAAUGCUUGCUGAGGAGACUAUGCAUCCCACACUGAUGGGAGAUGACAUUGGCUCUUCACCUCAGCACAGCCAAGUUUCAAUGCAGCUAAAUGGAAUGAGUGGACCAGGCUCGAGAUCUGUCGAGGGCUAA